AUGGAGUUCAUAGCACCUAAGUUGGUGGAUGGAGAAAUUGAGAUUGAAAUUGAGGAGAAAGAUAUUGAAUCUGAAUUGAUCUACUGGGAUUCGGCUCUGAUUCUGUAUGUACUUGGGGGCGAAGUUAGUUUAAACAUGCUGAAGCAUUACAUGGAAAGGAUGUGGAAUUUUGUACAACUCCCAGAAAUGGUGUAUCAUGAGGAAGGCUACUUCAUUCUGAAAUUUAGAACUCAGAGCGAUAAGGAGGAAGUGCUAAUGAAAGGCCCAUACACUCUACGAAAUAUGCCUCUUAUGCUUCAAGAUUGGAGGCCAGGUUUUAGCUUGAAAGAAGAUAUGCUUCGUUCACUACCAAUCUGGAUAAAGUUGCCACUCUUGCCAUUGCAUCUUUGGGGAGUUAGAAGUUUAAACAAGAUUGGUAGCGCUCUGGGCAAUCCGCUGGUAACAGAUGAAUGCACUGCGAGCAAGGCCCGAGUCUCAUAUGCCCGCAUUCUCGUGGAGGUGGAUGUUACGCAGGAAAUGAGAAACUCUAUUAACAUCAAGGAUGCUGAAGGCAGGAAACUGGUACAACCGGUUGAGUACGAAUGGAAACCACUUUUCUGUGGAAAGUGCCAAAAGUUUGGUCACAACUGCAAGGAAAAAGUGGUAAAGAAAUGGCAGCCUAAGAUUCCACCAACUGAAGUGAAGCUGGAUCCUGUACCUGUAGUAAAGGAGACUCCCAAGAUUGCUACUCCGGAGGUUAUUACUACUGAGGUUAUUAGACCUAUAGAGGUCAGAAUUGAAGACUCAGGAAAAGAAUGGGAAACUGUGUUAAAUGGAAGAGAUGGGGUUAAGAGGAGCAUACACAAACAGGUGAUUACCAAUUGUUGGAAUGGGUUUGAUGCAUUAGGGGACUUGAAUAAUCCCCUAGUGUAUCAGGAUUAUGCCUCAUGA